AUGUUGGUCUCACCUUCGACCAUCACCAACAACGGCGUCCAGAUUGUAUUACUGCUCGUGGUAGUCACAACAACAAUAACCAUAGUAACCGCAAAAGUUAAGAGACCGGCAUGUUUUGCUGAAGUUGAUGGUAUCUAUUUGGCAAAAUUCAGUCCAACUAAGAAUAACACGGGUUAUGGCCUUAUCUAUUUUUCUCAAUUGGGAGAUGUUCUGGUAAUUGGAUCAGAUGAAAAAACAAACAAAAGUGCACUUGUGAGUGAUGGUAGUGGCCGUGGCAAAUGCAAAGAUUCUGGUCCUAACAAGGGUCGAAAGAGUGUCUCAUUCAAUUUUGCUACAUUCGGAGAAUCAGGUAAUCGAAGUGUUAUCCUAUCUGAUGCAACGGUCAAAUGUCGUGGUGCAGUCAGUCAAUCGAGUGAUAAUGUCAUCUAUUGUUCAAAUGGAAUUAGACAUGACCAAAGUUUUAAAUUUCAAUCAGUCAAUUAUACAACUGGACGUUACACUGACCCAAUAUCAUCAAAAACAAGAUCAAAAUUUGAAAUGAGACGAUUGUAUUCACAUUCAACUGUUUCAGCUGAUCCAAAUGGUAGAGAUCGAUGCUAUGAUGAUAUGAGCGGUACUUACAUAGCUUUAUUUAAUGGUGUCUACAGAAUUAUGGCAUUCACACCACUAGGCACAGCAAUUGGCACAUAUGAAUGUACCAAUACUCACACACUUGGUGGACAAGAAAACUACUUCACCUAUCCAGCCAAUAGAGACACAAAGGGAUCAAGUAUUGUUACAAACACUUUCUAUCUGCAAUGUCCAAGAAAGACUUCCGUUGGUCAAUAUGAAAAUUGUACAGGAAUACAAUAUGGUAACUAUUAUCCAUUGCAAUAUCAACGAAUGCCAUUUCGUGAUGGAAUACCACUGAAAAAGUCUUCGUCGACUUUUAUAGCCAGUCGUCUCUUCACUUCACCUGAAAUUAAACAGUGUCAUACAACAUACGCUGGAGUUUACGCAAACAGUUUUAAAGCAUCGAUUGACCCGCGUGCUCCUUUCCAGGCUACAUUUACACUUUAUUCAAAUGGUGUACUAUUUGCAAAAAAUGCCGACGAAGAUACAUCACCCAACUCAGCUGGAGUUUGGAGUUGUACAGAUAAUGGAAGAAUUAUGUAUAAACGUGUAGUCUUCUCCUAUCCAGCACUUAAUCCAACAAAUUAUACAUUCAACUAUUUACGUGUUUAUACAGCCUAUGUUGAACUUCAUUGUAAUGGAACAGCAGCUAAUGCAUUCUGUCAAGGCACAUCCAAUUCUACAUUUUAUCCGGCAGCAUUACCAAAAAACGGACAGUUCCAAACUACACCGGCCAAUUCUUAUGAAGUUUUAUACAUAGCAAAGAGAUUGAAUAUUCAACAAUAA